AUGCUGAGACUCAAGAACAGCGGGAUGGCUGCAAGGGCCAGUGCAUUAAGCAUCAAGGCGAACAACGACUUUGACUGCGUCUGCGGAACCCAGGCUGGCAGAGGUCCUGGAUUCAACUGA